GUGCAGAGCUCUCUGCCCCGGUCCACCCCGAGGGCGGAGGGUGAGAACAACGCCAACAGGAGUAUGACCCUGAGUCCUCAAGAGAGCUCCUGAGCUGGGUGGAGCUCUCACCCUUUCCAGAGGUGGAAAUGGGCUCAGGGAGGCCAGGCCCCGGGCCCCAGGUCCCACACCGAGUGAGGGUCGUGGCUGGGAGUGUUCUGGAGUCAGAGCAUGCUGGGGGCAGAGCAGCAUCGGUACCAGCCGACUGGGGUCAGUUGUUCAGGGUCUGGGGUGAGGAGUUUUGGGGUGACUUGGGGUGAGGGCAGUAUGGCCUCAGUGACCCUGUCCUGACCUUGGCAGAAGCGGCCCUCCAGGUUUGCCACUCUGCUGAUGCACCUCCGGGGAGCUCUGAAGAGGCCGCAGAAGAAAUGUGUCCCCUUCCUCGGAAUAUAUGUCAGUGACCUGGGGAUGCUGCACACUGCCAUACAAGACUACCCUGAGGGACACGUGAAACAUUUAGCAAAGAAGAGGAAGGAACUCAAAGUGUUGGAGGAGAUCGUGCUCCUGCAGCAGGCUGCUCAGCUCUACAGCAUAGAGCCCGAGGAGCGAUUCGGGGCCUGGUUCUGGGCCCUGGAGCGGCUCAGCGAGAAGGAGAGUUACACCCUGUCCUGCCAGCUGGAACCCCGGUCCUAGUUGGCCUGCACAGCACUCAAGGCCAAGAACAUCAGGCGUGACUCAGUGUCCAGGUGGGCGGUGCAACCUCAUCAUCACCAGUGGGGACGCAGCUGGGACUCCAGGGUCCCUGGGCCAGCUCCUUCUGCUCUAGGUGGAGAACGCCAUUGGAGGCUUCUUUUGAAUGUGCCCUGAAAGUCAGGAGGGAGGGGAAAACACCCCCACCUACCUCACAAUUUCUCCCCAAGGCCUAUUUGUCCAUGGGAGGGGUGAUGUUUAUUUAUUUAAGCAGGAUUUGGAGACCUCGAUUGGCAAAAGCCCCA